AUGAAGAGGAAUAAUGAUGGCUCUAGUGUCAUGUCUGGAACAGCUGAGAAUGUUUCAAUUCUUUUCAAAAAUGUGCAUAAUUAUAGAUCAACAGCAAGGUGCAUCAACCUGCCAUUAGGAGGAAGAAGUGCAUUGUAUCCUAUAAUUCCUACAAGACAUAAAUUAUGUCUAUAUAUGGACAUAAGGUGUCCCAGACAUGGCACCAGAGCCUUGUGCACCAACUUCAAGAACGCAACCACAAACAGGAUUCUCGAUUAUUUAGAAUUUGGCAACAAAGUUCGUCAAGCUCACAGGCAAAAGCGGGUGACUUCAUGA